CUCGCACCAGCCAUGCGCGCACGCCCACCUCCCCGUCGUCGCCGCCAGCCCCGAUGCUCUGCGUGAGAUACGCGCGCCGCGUACCGCUCGCCCGAUGCCCUGCACCCUCAAGGCGUCUCCCGGCGCGCCCCUUCACGCACGCGCACGCGUUCUCCGAUCCGGGGACGCCACCGCGCGAUCCCCCGCCCCCGCACACGGAGGGCCCUGAGGAUAUAUCCGACCAGGAGUGGGAGCUGAGGACAGGCCGCGGCAUCUACGUCCUACAAGAGACGCUGCCCGACUUCUUCAAGUCGGGACUGGUCACCUCCAUCGACAAGGAGACCGGCGAGCCACGGCGGUCCUCGCCGCUGCACAUCCCUAUUGCGCACGCUAGCCCGCUGGACUUCCUGAGGCAUGAUGAGGACAUCGAGUCGAUCUACAGUCCGAAUGUGCGCCUCUCGUACACGCCCAAGGCGGAGCAUGUAUCUGCCCUGCUGCCGAAGAACUUAACGAUCGAAGGUUACUCCUUCUACCUCGCCUCCUCCGUCCUCCUCCGCCGCGGCCUCAGCACAAUGUACCACGACCUCCACGUCGAGCUCACCAAGAUGCGCGUCACCACCGGCGGCUCCAAGCCUCACCCGGACAUCCCCACACCCCCUCCCCUCGCCGCCGACUCCGCCUCCAAGCGCAAGAGCCGCGAAAAGAGCCUUUACAUGCUCAUGAAGGUUCAGGGCAUCGCGCGCGUCAGCGGGAAUCUGGCGGAUUGGGAAGUAGCCACCACCUACACCUUCUCCCCCGCCACCGGCCUCAUCCUCCAGCACACCAUACACUCCAUCCACCCCGAGCCCUCGCGCACGGUGUACGACUCGGUCGCGACAAGCCUGACGAAUCUCUUCGGGCUCGGCGGGCCCGCGCGGCCGGGAGCGGGGACGGCGUGCAGUGGAGGGCCGGACGCCUCGGCUGCAUGUAGCCCAGUCAAGGAGUCGGACUCGCGGAAGGAGCAGCGGGAAACGAAGCCCGAGCCAGCGCACGUCGAAGGCAGGCAUGAGCCGCAAGCCUGAAGCUUGACGAUGCCCGGACCUUAUGCGCUUUGAGCAUGACGAUCCUACGCGAGACUCUCUGCGGCGACCUCUACUUUGUCUUGCAAGCCACCCUCGAGCGGCCUCCUGUUGUCGCUAGUAACCACCACUUCUACUCUGUAGCCUUCACUCUGCUGUAAUAACCACUCAGAGCAUACAUGCGGCUCGUCUGAUCAGCAUUCUCUUGUCA